CAGCCCGCGAGAGUUGUGGGACGGUGUAAGAUGGCGGAGACCGAACUGACUAAGAAGGUGGAGCGGUGUAUGGCGGACGCGCUGGUGAAAUUCGGUGUCGGCCUUGGCUUAGGAAUUGUAUUUUCUGUUGUUGCUUUUAAGCGACGUGUUUGGCCUAUUAGUUUUGGUGCAGGAAUGGGUAUAGGAAUGGCCUAUGCUAACUGCCAGAAUGAUUUGCAAUCUCCAUACCUUAUGCAUGGAAAAUUUGUCAAAAACCAAUCUCCAUAGGAUGAUUUUCUCAGCCUCAAUAUUUCAUGUACAGUACCGUUUUGUUGUGGAUCAAUUCUGCCUGUGUGCAAGUAAUAGAAAUUCUUAUUGCUGUGCUGUAUUUAAUUUGACUUCUGAAAGUUGUACAUUAAAAUUGUCAUUAACAAAAA